GUGUCCGGUUAGGGUGUCUCCUCUGGGUUUUCGCCGGUUGCAUCAGCUGCUGCAGUUGCCGGGAAGUGACAGGCAUGGCGGAGAACGUGGCGGCCACAAUGGAGAACCUGAACCUUAGUAAGCCAAAUUCAGAAGGCGGAAAACAGAAAGAGGGAGGUAAAAAGAAGACUAAAGAAGGAUCCGGAGGUGGGGGACGACCUGAACUCAGUCCGUUGCCCGAGUACAUCAACCAGAGGCUGGAAGUAUACAAUAAGCUGAAAGCCGAGCACGAUGCCCUCCUCGCUGAGAAAGCCACAAAGGAAAGCAAACCGAUCAAGGUGACCCUGCCGGAUGGGAAACAAGUGGACGCUGAGUCUUGGAAGACCACCCCAUACCAGAUAGCUGCUGGGAUCAGUCAGGGGUUAGCGGAUAAUACAGUGAUCGCGAAGGUGAAUAAUGUGGUGUGGGACCUUGACCGCCCCCUGGAGGCAGACUGCACACUGGCGCUGCUGAAAUUAGAUGAUGAAGAAGCUCAAGCAGUGUACUGGCACUCGAGCGCACACAUUAUGGGUGAGGCCAUGGAGCGAGUGUACGGUGGAUGCCUGUGCUACGGCCCUCCUAUCGAAAACGGCUUUUAUUACGACAUGUUUCUUGAAGACGGGGGGGUGUCCAGCAACGACUUCACCAGCCUGGAAAACCUGUGCAAAAAGAUUAUGAAGGAGAAACAACCAUUUGAAAGGCUUGAAGUGUCCAAAGAGACUCUGCUGGAAAUGUUUAAGUACAACAAGUUUAAGUGCAGAAUCCUGAAUGAAAAAGUGGAUACUCCAACCACCACAGUGUACAGAUGCGGCCCCUUAAUCGAUCUUUGCAGAGGACCCCAUGUCAGACAUACUGGAAAGAUUAAAGCACUCAAAAUUCACAAGAACUCCUCCACUUACUGGGAAGGGAAAGCUGAUAUGGAAACCCUACAAAGAAUAUAUGGAAUAUCUUUUCCUGAUCCAAAAAUGCUGAAAGAAUGGGAGAAAUUCCAAGAAGAAGCCAAGAAUCGAGAUCACAGAAAGAUUGGAAGGGAGCAAGAACUCUUCUUCUUCCAUGAACUGAGUCCCGGGAGCUGCUUUUUCCUGCCCAAAGGAGCGUUCAUCUAUAACCAGCUGAUCGGCUUCAUCAGGCAAGAGUACAGGAAGCGUGGGUUCCAGGAGGUGGUCACCCCCAAUGUCUACAACAGCAAAUUGUGGCAGACGUCCGGUCACUGGCAGCACUACAGCGAGAACAUGUUCUCUUUCGAAGUGGAGAAGGAGAUUUUUGCCUUGAAACCGAUGAACUGCCCUGGGCACUGUUUGAUGUUUGACCACCGCCCGCGUUCCUGGAGGGAGCUGCCUCUGAGGAUGGCCGAUUUUGGAGUCCUACACCGCAACGAGCUGUCCGGUGCCCUCACGGGGCUGACAAGAGUCCGACGCUUCCAGCAGGACGAUGCCCACAUAUUCUGUGCCAUGGAGCAGAUUGAAGAAGAGAUAAAGAGCUGCCUGGACUUCCUGCGUGCCGUCUACGACGUCUUUGGUUUUACCUUCAAGCUGAACCUCUCCACACGGCCAGAGAAGUUCCUGGGUGACAUUGAAGUGUGGAAUCAAGCUGAGAAGCAACUUGAAAACAGUCUCAAUGAAUUUGGAGAGAAGUGGGUGUUGAAUCCAGGCGAUGGCGCCUUCUAUGGUCCAAAGAUUGACAUCCAGAUUAAAGACGCCAUUGGCCGUUACCACCAGUGCGCCACCAUACAGCUAGACUUCCAGCUCCCUAUUAGAUUCAACCUCACCUACGUCAGCCCGGACGGUGACGACAAGAAGAGGCCGGUUAUCAUUCACCGCGCCAUACUGGGAUCUGUAGAGCGGAUGAUCGCCAUUUUGACCGAGAACUAUGGAGGCAGAUGGCCUCUCUGGAUUUCUCCUCAGCAAGUGAUGGUGGUGCCCGUAGGACCAACAUGUGACGACUAUGCCCAAAAGGUGAGGGAGCAGUUCCACCACGCCGGGCUCAUGGCCGAUGUAGAUCUCGAUCACGGUUCUACCCUCAAUAAGAAGAUCAGGAACGCACAGCUUACCCAGUACAACUUCAUCCUCGUGAUCGGAGAAAAGGAAAAAGCCAGCAACACGGUAAACAUCCGCACCAGGGACAACAAGGUGCACGGCGAGCGCACGGUGGAGGAGACCAUCGCAAGGCUCCUCCAGCUCAAGGACUCCCGAUGCAAGAAUUCAGAAGAAGAGUUUUAAGGCCUGACUUUCUUAAAGGGCCAACACCACUAAUGCCACGCGCAGUUGUUUUGCACUGCGCUGGAAUGAAAUGAUCAUCCAAGAGCCAAAAACAAAACAAAAAAAACUCUGAAGGUUCGUCCGCACUGGUUCUCUCUGGGAACGAGGGAAUUUUGAUUCUCAGGUCCCAGUUUCCGGGACGGUUUUAUAUUAUUAGAUUGUCCUUUUGUCUUCUCUAUCUGUUAGGUAUUUUUGCAUAUAGUUGCCACGAGCGUAGCCUCCCCGUAGAUUCCGCUUUAAUGAAAGUGAACAGAAAGCUGCACGAACAAUGUUCUGGUCAUGUUACGUAGGUUAGAACAAAUCUUGACGAGGGUCCGAGUGAUGCUACAGACGCAAUAAAUCGAAGAAGCUUUGUA